AUGCCGCCGCAGCGCAUUGGAACCGCCAGAGUUCUUUCAUGCAGCACGACCGCGAAGCUGCUGCCCUCCGUCGAGAAUGGUGGCGAAUCUUCGGUGCUGAGUUUUUACCUUCGCUCAAGUGUGGAGUCUUUGACAUUGUCCGCAGAACAUGGGAUUAUCGGCGACUGCCGGGCCACUCCCAGCCAUCAAACCCGACAGCGAGACAUUCUUUUUUCACACCCCGAGCAGCUGCGAGAAGUCGGCAACAUCCCGACCAACAAAUCCCUGCAAGCUGGCAGUGCAGAUAAGCCAUGUGACAUCGGGCAGAAUGUCACUCUGGCAGCAGGCGAUCCCUCUGUGUCGACAUGGUGCGUCGGAGAUCUGAUCGAAAUCGGUACGCCUGGCAACGCUGCACUGAUUCGAAUUACAAGCACGAGACGUCCUUGCCCUAAAAACAGCAAUGUGCACGGUGACGGGACACAGCAGCAUAUGCAGAGGCAUGGACUCGGUGGUGUCUUCGGCACGAUCGUCCGCGAUGGAAUGGUCCACUUGGGAGAUCCUGUGGUGUUGGUGGAGCGGUUGCAGAGUAAGUGGACAUGCGUCCAGGUACAUGUCGCGCUAUAUGGGUGCAGAGCGGAACGGACGACCCCAAACGAUCUGCACGAGAUUAUGGGCUUGGAGUACCUGGAGGAGCCUCGUUACAAGGAUGUCGCAAAGAAGCGCUUGAAGGAGUUGGAAGGGAGGGCUGUUGGCAGCCGAUCGCAGUGGGAGCCUAUCGUCCUGUUGGUACUGUCUGUGAUAGCUGUUCAAGUGUACCGCCAUUGCCACAGCAGGAGGGGCUAA